AUGGAACCCUCUAACCAGGCGAAUUCGGCUACUGGCAGCUCUGCUGUGAAACCUUCCCCUAUCCACGAGAAAUUUUUGUUUGACUGUGAUCAUCUGAUCAGCUUUUGCACAGCUUUUGAAAAAGUUGACGUUACGGACCAGACUGAUUCACUUCUUGAAGUCAAGUUGGACGAUUUGGAAGUAAGGUGGAAAAAAUUGCAAAUAGACUAUGAAAGUCUAAUGUUGUCUCCCGAAACAACCAAUACAAAAGACUUCAAGGAGAAUGCUAAAGUGAAUUUUAAUGUGACCUCAGAGGCAUAUUAUGAGACUCGUUCCCAGAUUGUCGACAUUCUGAAGAUAUCAGGAGGGGCUGAUUCCAGAACUAUGUCAACUAGGAAUAGUCUAGCCCCUCAGCACCUUUUCCAGACCAGUUCCAGUGCGCAUGUUUCUGAUACUUACAGCUCGUGCAUAAAAGUCCCGCCAUGUGACACGGAGGUAUUUAAGGGCAGUUACGAGGAAUGGCCCUCCUUUCGUGAUAUGUUCACGGCCGUUUACGUGAACCACCCUAAACUCACCCGUGCUCAGAAACUUUACCAUCUUAGAAAUAAGACUAAAGGUAGUGCUGGCGCUAUCGUGAAAAGAUAUACUCUCUGCGAUGAUAAUUUUGAUCUCGCAUGGGGAGCUUUGAGAACCCGAUAUGAGAAUAAGCGCGUGCUGGUAGACCACCAGCUCAGGAUAUUAUUUGAAAUUCCCGUUGCCACAGAUGAAAAUAGCGAAUCUCUUCAAAGGAUUCACUCUACAGUUAGUGACUGCCUAUGUACACUGAAGUCCUUACAGGUACAGGUAGAAUGCUGGGACCCAAUAUUAAUUUAUUUGGUGUCUACAAAGCUUCCAAAUGAGACUAUUUCGUUAUGGGAACAAUCCCUCAAGUCCCAUCGUGAACUGCCAAGUUGGUCUCAAAUGGACGAGUUCCUUCUUAAUAGAUUUGAGGUCGUGGAAAGAAUAUCCAGCAUUAAAUCAACGAAGGAUAGACAUAGUCUCCCAUCGGUUUCGUACUCCAAAUCCAACGAAAAAAUACAGAUGUACACAUCCCAGGAAAAACUUACAACCUCCUGUACUUUAUGCAAAGAGAAUCAUAGCAUACGAACACGCCCAGAUUUUCGUAAAUUUAAGCCCCAGGAGAGAAUAGAUUUCGUUUUUAAAAAUAAAAUCUGUAAUAAUUGCUUAUCAGAGGCUCACAUGAAACAAAAGUGCAGGAGUAAGAACACUUGUCUCUCGUGCAGGAAACAUCACCAUACACUCUUGCACUUAGACCAACCACCGAUUCGAAAGUCUGAAUCUGGUUCUCAGACUUUUUCACCGAAGCAACAAAUCUCGGCAAAUAGUAUCUCUUCAGAACGACACGAGGAUAUCUCACAAUCGUCAUCGGCAGAGUCAUACUCCCAGGUACAGGCCAAUUUUUCUUCUAACAGUGAAACAAUCUUGCUUAGAACAGCGCUUGUUCAAGUCGAACACAAUGGUGAACUUUUCACAAUUAGGGCUUUAAUAGACCCAGGAUCCCAAAGAACAUUUCUCUCUGAGAGAGUACGAAAUAUGCUCCAAGUUUCAUAUCGAAAAUCUUCGUUCGAGAUAUUUGGUAUAGGCUGCAAGACACAAAAGGCUCACAAAGAAUGUGAACUUGUACUUUUUUCUCGAAGAUAUAACACACGAUGUAGAGUUAAUGCCAUUGUCUUGCCAAAGGUUACACAGAAGCUUCCUGCUGUUUCUUUUGAAAUUCCAAAUUCACCAGAACUGCGAGACCUUGAUUUAGCAGAUCCCAACUUCAAUAAAUCGUCGAAUAUCGAUUUAGUUCUCGGAAAUGACGCUGAGCGAUUCAUUAAUCUCGAGGGUGUUAAGAAGAAUAUUUGUGGUCUGGCUUCGGCGUACAACACAAUAUUCGGUUGGGUACUAAGUGGCCCAAUGCAGGGUGAGAAGAUUCAAGCGUUCACAACGAACGUAAUUCCCACCGAAGAUGAGAAUCUUAGCGAAAUUCUUCGAAAAUUUUGGGAAAUCGAAGAAAUCCCAUCCAUUUCUCCUCGUACAGAAUCCGAAAUAAUUUGUGAAGAGUUCUACCUAAAGACGACUACGCGUCUUCCCAAUGGUCGAUAUGUCGUUAGACUCCCCUUUAAAGAGGAAUUUCCAAACUCCAUUUUUCUUGGCUCUUCAAGAUUUCUCGCUCUUGGACAGUAUACAAGAAUGGAGAAGACACUGAUCAAGGAUGCCGAGCUUCGAGGGGAAUACAGGUCUGUCCUUAAGGAGUAUAUUUCAUUAGGUCAUAUGGAAGAGACUUCUUCUCUCGAACUAGGCUCCGAAGGUAAAUUUAACUCCUUUUACCUCCCUCAUCAUGCCGUAGUGCGACCGGAUCACAAAUCAACCAAGGUCAGGGUUGUUUUUAACGCUUCACGCAAGACAAAAUCCGAUUACUCCCUCAAUGAUGUACUUCAUACCGGUCCCACACUACAAAACGACUUAAUUUCCAUAAUUCUCAACUGGAGAAAAUAUAAGUACGUAUUUUGUGGAGAUAUCCAAAAAAUGUACCGCCAAAUCCUGGUACAUCCCCAAGAUAGAGCGUAUCAAAGAAUUCUGUUUCAAAAUCAAAGCGCAGAGCCUAUAAGAGAUUACCAUUUGAACACGGUCACUUUUGGCAUAAAUUGCGCUCCCUUUUUGGCAAUACGCACUCUACUUCAACUUGCAUCUGAUUCAGAAACAGAAUUCCCCAAAGUCGCAUCCAUUUUGAGAAAAGAAACAUAUGUGGAUGAUAUUUUAUCUGGUGGAUUCACCAUCGAAGAAACCAUCGAAGCACGAAAUGAUUUGAUCGCUGUCCUCAAAUCUGCGGGUUUUCCAUUAAAGAAAAUUACUGCCAAUGCACCGGAGUUAUUAUCACAUUUGCCUCCUGAGGAUUUAUACGAUAUGGACUUAUUAAAAUUGUAUGAAUCAAGCUCCACUAAAACUCUUGGUAUAAAAUGGAAUGCAUUAACAGACUGCUUUUCUUAUGCAUCCAUACCCAUAGAGAAAAAAUCCCAGGCGACUAAACGUCAAGUUCUUUCCACAGUCGCGAAACUUUUCGACCCCGCCGGUUGGAUUACUCCUGUUAUUAUAAGGUCAAAAAUUUUAAUGCAGCAGCUCUGGUUGGAAGGUUCCAAUUGGGACGAAACGAUAAGUCCUGAUUCUCUUGAUACUUGGAACAACUUAAUCGAUGAUUUAGCACACGUAGAGGAUGUCAUUAUACCUAGAUGGAUUAAAUAUUUGCCUACAGAUCUCAUACAAAUACACGGUUUUUGUGAUGCCUCAAAAAUGGCAUACUGCGCUACCGUGUACGUACGAUGCCAGACAACGACAUCUGUAGUUAUUUCCAACCUUCUUAUGGCCAAAAGCAAAGUUGCUCCCAUUAAGACAGUGUCAUUGCCAAAGUUAGAAUUAAACGGCGCUGUGCUUCUAGCCAAACUAGUUCGCUACAUUUUGAACACUUUUGAGAUGAAUUUUGGUUCUGUAUCAUUGUGGACGGAUUCGUCUAUUGUUUUGGGGUGGCUUUCAAAACCCCCAAUGUUAUGGGAAACCUACGUCGCAAAUAGGGCAUCCCAAAUUCAUGAACUAGUUCCCGACGCCAAGUGGAAUUAUGUUUCCACUCAUGAUAACCCGGCUGAUAUAGGCACUCGCGGUUGUAGACCUCAGGACUUGAAGAUCAGUACAUUGUGGUGGAAUGGUCCGCCUUGGCUUACGAAUCCAGAGGGUACUUGGCCAAAAAAGAAUCCGCUAGUCCCUCUAAAGGAACAUGAUGUGGUUCAAAUGCAUCAUGUGGCAGCAGAAAAUAACGAUAUUCUUCUAAGAUUCUCAUCCUAUACAAGGGCAUUGAGAGUAAUCUCAUAUAUAUUUCGCUUCUUCCAUAACUCAAUGCCUGGAAAUACCCGCAAGUACGAAUCGUAUGAUUUGAGCAUGCAAGAAAUGCAAUUCGUGAAAUUUCGUCUUAUAUCACUUGCUCAACGACAAUAUUUUUCAUUAGAAUAUGAGCUGCUUUUGAACUCAAAGCCACUACCAAAUAAAAGCGUUUUAUCAACUUUGAACCCUUUUCUGGAUUCCAAUCAGGUCCUUAGGGUGAAUGGACGCCUGUCUGAUUCAUUUCUUCCAUACAGGGAACGCCAUCCAAUCAUUCUACCCGGUAAUUCUAGACUUUGCCAUCUCUAUUUGCUUCACUUGCACUCAUUUUUAGUUCAUGCGGAAUGCAACCAGAUGUGUAGAUUUGUGCAGACCGAAUUUUAUGUCUCCAGGUUGAAACCAAGGGUAAAGAGCAUUAUAUAUAACUGCAAAGUAUGCGUUUUGUACAAACAGAAGCAAAACACUCAAAUUAUGGCACCUUUACCUCUGGAGCGUUGUACUCUAUCGCCACCUUUCCAUACGACAGGUAUAGACUUCGCAGGGCCAUUUGAGCUAAAAAGCUCAUCCCUUCGCAGGGCACCUACUAUAAAGGGAUAUGUCUGCGUAUUUGCAUGUUUUGCUACAAGGGCAAUACACCUGGAGACAUGCUCUGAUUUAUCAUCUGCCGCAUUUGAGGCUGCGUUUUACCGCUUCGUUGGGAGGCGAGGGCUCCCUCGUAGGAUCGUAUCGGAUAAUGGCAGAAACUUUUUAGGAGCUAGCAGAGCACUAAUUCGUGAGUUUUCCCAGUUCAUUAAAUCUGCUUCUAGCGACAUUUCUAAGAAAUACGCAGCUCAUGGGUUUGAAUGGGGAUUCAUUCCCCCACACGCACCUCACAUGGGCGGCCUCUGGGAGGCCGCAGUUAAAAGUUUUAAAAUACAUUUCAAGAAGAUUGCAGGAGCUCAUAAAUUUACUUUUGAACAGUUUCAAACAAUCCUGGCAAGGAUUGAAGGCGUUUUAAACUCCCGCCCCAUUUCUGCAAUGUCGGACGAUCCAGCCGACUUAACCGCAUUGACCCCAGGCCAUUUUCUUAAGGGUUCACCCAUAUUAGCCUUUCCUGAACCACUUUCUCCCAAUAUUUCUCUGAUAAACCGUUGGUUGAAAUUAAAGGCUAUUCACCAUCAAUUCGCCUUGAGAUGGAAGGAGGAAUAUCUCAAGACUCUGCACAAGCGUUAUAAAUGGAAGACAAAAAAACCCAAUUUGAGAGUAGGGGAUUUGGUAGCAAUAAUGGAUGAUUUGUUACCCCCUAGUGAAUGGCGAUUAGGAAGAAUAGAGAAGACUUAUCUAGGUUCGGACAAUAAUGUUAGAAUUGCAGACGUACGUACUGCAACUGGAAUUCUAAAUCGGCCAAUUGUCAAAUUAUGUUUUCUUCCAUUCGAGAAUACGACGGAAUCAAACUCAAAUUAA